AUGGAGCCCAACGGGACGGCGGCGGCGGGGGACAACGGGACGGCGGCGGCGGCGGCGAGCGGCGGGGGUGCCCCCGGGGGCGGCCCCCUGCUCAUCCCCUCGGCCUUCGGGACGGUGCUGUCGGUGAUGUACGUGGCCGGGGUGGCCGGCAAUGUCUACACGCUGGUGGUGAUGUGCCACUCGGCGCGCUGCGCCGCCCCCAUGUACAGCUCCAUCGUCAGCCUGGCCCUGGCCGACCUGCUCUACCUCUCCACCAUCCCCUUCAUCGUCUGCACCUACCUGGCUCAGGACUGGUACUUCGGGGACCUGGGGUGCCGCAUCCUGCUCAGCCUGGACCUGCUCACCAUGCACGCCAGCAUCUUCACGCUCACGCUCAUGUGCACCGAGCGCUACCUGGCCGUCACCCGGCCCCUGGACACCCUGAAGCGCUCGCGGGGCUAUCGGAAGGUCACGGCGGGGGCUGUCUGGUCCGUGUCGCUGCUGCUCACGCUGCCCAUGAUGCUGAUGGUCACGCUGACCGAGGGGGGCAAGGCGGAGGGCAAGGUGAAGAGGAUGUGCGCGCCCACCUGGAGCGUGGAUGCCUACCGGACCUACCUGACCGUGCUCUUCAGCACCAGCAUCAUGGCCCCGGGCAUCAUCAUCGGCUUCCUCUACACGCGCCUGGCCAGGACCUACCUGGAGUCCCAGAGGAACCCCCCCCACAAAGAGAAGAGCAAGAGAUCCCCCCGGCAGAAGGUCCUCAUCAUGAUUUUCAGCAUCGUGCUGGUCUUCUGGGCCUGCUUCCUGCCCUUUUGGAUCUGGCAGCUGGUGCGCCUCUACAGCAGCUCUCUGCAGCUCACCACCCAAACCCAGAAGUGCAUUAACUACCUGGUGACCUGCCUGACCUACAGCAACAGCUGCAUCAACCCCUUCCUCUACACCCUGCUCACCAAAAACUACCGCGAGUACCUGCGCAACAGGCACCGCAACUUCUACAGGUUCACGUCGUCCUUCCGCAAGAGGGGCUCCAACCUGCAGUGCUCCUGGGGCCGCUCCAUGUCCUCCAGCAACCAGUACGACUACAGCUCGGAGGCGCUGGGCAUGGCCACGCUGAAGGACAAGUGAGGAGCAGGAGGCGCUGCCAGCAGCCAGGAGCAGCAGGAGUCCGGCCAAGGUAGGGCUGCGGGACCCCCCGGCCCUGAAUUCAGGGCUCCAAAAACUCAUUGCUGGGGGCAAGAAGCCGUGUGAAUCCAAACGCUGCGAGACGAGUCCGAAUUUCCAUCUGGUUGGGGGGGUCCUGCCGGGAGCCAGCAGCCCUUCAGGACAGCUCCUGCAGGGUUUGGGGUGCAGAAGAUGAGGUGAUGCUCCGCUCGCUUCUGCCACAAACUGCUUGGCUGAGUUUCGGCUCCCGAUUCUCUCGGGUGGUUUCUCCGUGCUGCCUUGGGGCUGCAGAAAUCUGAGAUGGGCCCAGUAUCACUUAAACCCAGCCUUGGGUCUGCCCUCUGUGUUACUGUUGUCUGUUUCUGGAGUGUGUAAAGAGACUUUUAAGUCCCUUUUCCUAUUUCCUGUUACAUUACGGUGCACUACGGUUCUAUCAAGCUUAAAGUCUCUAUUUUAAAAUUCAUUGCAGCAGCACUUUGAACUCCAAGCAUUCAAAAACCACCAGGUAAGCUGUCAGAAACCACAGGAUUACCUAAAAAAAAUUGAAAUUUUUUAAGGUUUCUACCUAAGGUGGUUUGAAUUUGCCACUGAUUUUUUUUUUAAAAGUUGGUCCUUUUCUUAAAAGUCAACAGAGCUUGGCAAACCUGAAAAUUUACUUUGGAAGAAAUAAAAAAUUAUUUAUAAUCCUAUCACUCAAAGACCUGAGGCUCAAAGAAAAAUGACUGAAUCCUAUAUCAUGAAACCCAUUAUAAAAGAGACAAAAUUUUUCAUGACAUUUGAUCAAAACCAUUUUGCCUCAAUGUAUUCUGCUCAUUUUCUCCCUGCUUGGCAUCUCACAGUGAGCCUUCACCACAGAUCCUGGAGAUGCCUGUAAGCACUUAAACAAUUGUAAAGUGUCAGUUUAUAAAUAAAUGCUUAUUAAAAAUGGA